CCACAAAAUAGUACACUGUGAAACUGUCAAAUCGGCGGUAUUGGGGCUAACCUUGCGAUUGUUUUUUGUUCAAUACACAAGUGAUGACGCGCAGAUUACAUUUGCGUUUGGGUGUAAUUGUUUUCCAGUGCAAUAGGAUACUGCGGUCAGUUUCGUGAAGCAAAACGAUAAUUCUGAUAAGUUCUUCGAACGACGAGACAAAUGAAUAGCCUGGCAGAAACAUUCUCGUUUGCAAGUGUUUGUGUAAUGUAGCUCUUUCCUGCCGUACAGUAGCAAGCAGCUAUCCCAAUGGAAGAGGUUUGCUCGAUUACUCAUAUAUUCCAAACAAUUGUGUGUGUUGAAUGUGCUCCGUGAGUGCAGGUGUGAUUAUUGAAUGAAAACAGCGGAUUGAUAAUGCUUAUUCGCUACAUUUGUUCAUCGUGGAACCAUCAUUAAGAGAGUGCAGCAUACACUGUUACGUGGUACAAGGUAGUCUUGGAAAGAAUGGCUUAACGUUGGAGUAGCUGGUGACACAUUCCUUCGGAAGAACACUGAGUUGUACGUGUAUCAUAUAAACGCGCGCGCGUGAGUGUGUGUGUGUGUGUGUUUAUGUUGUUACCAGAGAAAAUGGUAAAACUACAGCCCCUGGAAUUCAUCGACUGUUUGAUUGACAGUCCAGAUUUUCGCGAAAAUCUAAACAAGCAUGAGAAAGAGUUAGAAAAAACGAGUCAACAGAUAAAACGCAUAAUCAAGGAAAUCAAAGAUUUGCUGGCUGCGGCGAAAAGUCUUUCACGAGCGCAGCGCACCUUGUCCAAAAGCUUAAAAGAAUUCAAUUUUGAAUGCAUAGGCUCCACACAGACCGAUGAUGAACAGGUUAUAGCGGAUAGUUUGAAACAAUUUAGCAAACUUAUAUCAUCUAUUGAGGAAGAACGUGAUAAUAUGCUUGAUCGUGCCCAUGAGCAAAUAUUAUUGCCCUUGGAAGAGUUUCGGAAGCUUCAUAUUGGUGGUGUAAAGGAAAACAAAAAAAAGUAUGACAAGAAAACAGCAAAAUUCUGCCAGGCCCAGGAAAGGUUCCUUAAUAUGUCUUCAAAGAAAUCUUCUCCUGCCGUUAUUGAGGCAGACGCAUCUUUAGGAAUGUUGGAAAGGGAAUAUCUCAGAGAAUCUUUGAGCUACGUUUUGAGCAUACAAGAAGUCCAGGAACGAAUAAAAUUUGAGUUCGUGGAGAUCAUAUUAAGAUUCAUAUCUGAUUGGCUAGUUUUCUAUCAUCUGGGGCAUGAAGUUGCGGAGGACGCUAAGGAUUACUUAUCAGAUCUGCAACUAAAAGUCCAGAAAACUCGCGAAAAUUUCGACGAAACUCGACAGAAAGCGCAAGAGUUAAAAAAUAAAUACAUGGACAGUAAGCUAAAGCCAGAAAGCGAAUAUACAAAGCAAGGAUAUCUUUAUUUGAUGGAAAAAAAAUUUACUGUCGUCACAUGGUCGAAAUUUUACUGCACAUACAAGAAACAAACCAGGGAGUUUUCCAUGUUACAGUACAAUCAGAUGUCUGGACGCACACAACAAACAAAUCCUGAAACUUUCACACUUGCAUCGUGCACAAAAAAAAUAACAGAAUUUGAAAAACGGUACUGUUUUGAUGUGAUUUUUAACGAACGAAAUUCAACGACAUACACUUUCCAAGCGCUUAGUGAAGACGACAUUAAAGCUUGGAUAGAUGCAAUGGAUGGCAAAGAAUCAGCAAAUUUAACGUUAUUAACAAAAUACAGUGAAGAUAGCACCCUGGACGAUGUGGGAUUCGCCUUCAUUAAAAGAUGCAUUGAUCUGCUGGAAAGUCGAGGACUGGAAGAAGAGGGAUUGUAUCGGAUUGGUGGUGUUAGUACGAAGGUGACAAAGUUGCUGCAAAUGGGACUGGACCGAAAAAAGACUGAGAAAGAUCGUCUUAGCUUUUUUAACGAUGAACAAAUGGGUUAUAGCGAUAUUUUGGAAAGCAAAACAAUAGCAAGUGCACUCAAACAGUAUCUUCGCAAUUUAAGUGAACCACUAAUGACGUUUCGUUUGCAUCAUGCCUUUAUAUCAGCGGCUAAACAAGACACUCGUUUGCAACGCAUCAACGAAGUCCACCAAUUGGUAUAUAAAUUACCCAAAAACCGGUUGGAAAUGCUGGACUUGGUUAUUCGACAUUUGAAAACGGUUUCAUUAAAGAGCGAUAGAAAUAAAAUGUCAGUAUUCAAUUUGGGGGUCGUGUUUGGUCCUACUUUACUGAGAGCUGCUGAAGAAACUGUUGCCGCAAUACUUGAUAUAAAAUUCAACAACGUCAUCAUCGAAAUUUUAAUUGAAAAUUAUGACAAAAUUUUUAAGAACAUACCAUCCACCCUAGCGGGCGGCGGCGCUGGAGAAUCGUACAUGUCGCAAUCCAACAAAAGCCCACUCUUUCACCGCCCGGACAGCAGGGGAAGUGGUGUUAUUGAAAACAAAGCCGGAAGCUCGGGAACCAUUGGAGGAAACCAUAGCUAUUCGAAGGAACGUACUUCACAUGCCGUCCAUGCACAAACGCAACCUGUGGUUCGUGUUGUUGCUAAAUCGAAUUACACCGAGCCUAUUAUGUCCUCUAGCUUACAGCACAUACCGAACGGUAUACAGUCGCUAUACAGCAAAGGCACCAAUCACUAUCCGACCUAUGAAGCUAAACCGACUAUUAUUUCCUCAAUUAUCGGUGAAGCUGCGGCACCUUCGCUAGCUCACAGAGACCAGAGCAUGCCACAUCACUUAAAGUCUAGUGCCGAUUCCUCUCCAAGUCACUACCACGGGCCACUCCACACCAUCGACAAGGUCCCGAUUGGAUAUCACAAUGUGUCGGCGGGAAAUGCUACCGGCGGCUAUCUUCAACAGCCAACCCCAUCGUUUUCACAAAAUUCUUCCUUAUCUGGAAUGAAUAGCAUGGCCAACUGCGACACGGCCAUGUCGCAUGGAGUGUACAGCCGUGUGACUACAUUAGGCAAUAGCGAUUCGAAUCUAGCUAGCUCUCGCAAAGAGCUGUCAACGUAUGAAAAAAUCAACUCUACAAGCAGUUCGGCUGAAUCUGUAUGCUCUUCGCCAGGCGGUGUCGUUGCCGGUAGCGCGUUGUCGACGUUAAGAAGCCAUCGCGGCGGAACCUGGGGCGAAUAUAAUAGUGCUGCAAUUGGCAAUAAGAGCGUUGUACAGUAUGAUAGUGCCGGAGCGAGUAACAAUAAUCGCACAGUCAUCUCCCCGUUAACGACUGUGGUAAACGUUGUGGAAGAGUCUGACAAUUCCGCUAGUCCUAGUUACUGUAGGCCAAAGAAAACUCAGCGUAUUAAAGACUAUGGCCGAAAUCGUCAGUUACCGCGAGUUCAGCAACAGAUAUCGCUAGCUCAACAGCAAUAUUUACAACAGAAGCAGGGGAAACAAUCGUUAACAGCACGGGAGGACAUACGAGUCCGUACACUGUACGCCUGUUUAGCAGAGAAUGAUGGAGAACUAUCGUUCGAACCGAACCAAAUCAUAACGAAUGUUCGUCGAUCAAAUGAACCGGGAUGGUUGGAAGGUACGCUUAACGGAAAGUCUGGACUAAUACCAGAGAAUUAUGUAGAAAUUUUAAAAUAAUUUAUCUUGCAUACUCUCACGACUUACAAAGACAAAAAAAAACACACACACACACAAAAACCACGCGCAUCUUUACGCAGAACACAAUUGAUAAGUAAUAGAAUACAAACAAAAAACAUUCAUAAAAUUUUAUCGCUAAAAUAACUAGGAAUGUAAAAAUGUAACAUUCUCCCCUUUUGAGACAUAAUUAUCGUCUAAUACCAACGAAGUCGUAACUGUACAUUCCAAACCAAAUGCCAAUAGGAGGUAUUCUACAGAAGUGAAUAUAUACGCAACGAUUUUAACAAGUAAUUAAUGAAACAACAAAUACAAAUACAUAAAAGCAUAUGUAUUGUAAAGGACACCAAAACGAAACCUUUUUUUACGACGAAUGUAUUUUUGUAUUAUCUUCUUCUUUGCUACUACAUAUCUUACGAUAAACUCUAUAAAUCCCCCACUUGGAAUCAGUCAUUCGCGCACUGUUCUGGCAUGAAAAAAAAACAAACUUUAAUUUACGCUGUAUUGUGUUGAGGAUAUUCCGCGUCAAAAGAGUUAGGCAAUUAAGGCAUUAUUAUCUAGAAUCUAGUUGAUACUGGCUUGCGGUCUAUUUAGAUACCAUAAUUAAUAACAAAAAACGAUAAAUUGCUGUCACCGUUGCUGUGAAA